AUGGCGUGUUGUGGAAACAAUUUUUGUUGCCAGUGUUGCUGCAGAGAAGGAGAGACACGGACACCAGAAGAACUGACAAUCCUAGGGGAAACCCGAGAUGAAGAAGAUGAGAUUCUACCAAGGAAGGACUAUGAGAGCCUUGAUUAUGACCGCUGUAUCAGCGAGCCUUAUGUGGAGGAUCUGGAAGGGAUGGACAACAAGAAAGCCAAAAAGUAUGAAGCAGUACGGUGGAUCAUGGUGUUCACAAUCGGAGUCACAAUCGGUUUGGUUGGCCUGUUUGUGGAUUUCUUUGUACACCUUUUCACCAAACUCAAGUUUACUUUGGUUGGUGAUUCUAUAGAGAAGUGCAGCGACAAAGGUUGUCUCCCUCUGUCUCUGUUGGAACUCCUGGCAUUCAAUAUGACCUUCGUCUUUAUCGCCAGUGUGCUCGUUCUCAUUGAGCCAGUAGCUGCAGGUUCAGGGAUUCCAGAAAUCAAAAGUUACUUGAAUGGAGUGAAGAUUCCUGGAAUCGUCCGGCUGCGAACCUUCCUGUGCAAGGCUGGUGGAGUUCUGUUUAGUGUAGCUGGAGGUCUGUUUGUGGGGAAAGAAGGUCCAUUGAUACACAGUGGAGCCAUUGUGGGAGCUGGCCUUCCUCAGUUUCAGAGCAUCACUUUUAAGAGGAUCAAACUUGAUUUUCCCUACUUCCGUAGUGACAGGGACAAGCGAGACUUUGUGUCAGCAGGUGCUGCUGCUGGAGUAGCUGCAGCCUUUGGUGCUCCCAUAGGUGGCACCCUCUUCAGCUUGGAGGAGGGCUCCUCUUUCUGGAACCAGGCCCUGACUUGGAAAGUGCUCUUCUGUUCCAUGUCGGCCACUUUCACCCUAAACUUUUUCCGUUCAGGGAUAAACUUCAACAAGUGGGGCUCAUUCCAGCUGCCGGGUCUGCUCAACUUUGGAGAGUUCAAGUGUCUAAAUGGAGAUAAGAACUGCCAUCUGUGGACUGCAGUGGACCUGGCAUUUUUUGUCCUGAUGGGGGUAGUGGGUGGACUGCUGGGGGCACUCUUCAACUGCAUGAACAAGAACCUGGCCAAGUAUCGCAUCAGACACAUUCACCCCAAGGCCAAGUUUAUUAGGGUUCUAGAGAGUCUGCUGGUUGUCAUGGUGACAACAGUGGUGAUAUUUGUGGCUUCCAUGUUAUUGGGUGAAUGUCGUGACCUGUCCUCCCCCACAACCCAUAACAACACACUGUCCGGUAAUGAGGACAUCAACUCAACCAUCCGCCAGUACUUCUGCACCAACAAGACCUACAAUGACAUGGCCACACUGUUCUUUAACCCACAGGAGGCCGCCAUCCACCAGCUCUUCCACCAGGAUGGUACCUUCAGUCCUGUGACUCUGUCAGUGUUCUUCUUGCUGUACUUCCUGUUGGCCUGUUGGACCUACGGUGUGUCAGUACCCAGCGGUCUCUUCGUCCCUUCACUGCUCUGUGGGGCAGCUUUUGGACGUUUGGUUGCCAAUAUCCUUAAAGUGAAAAUGGGAAUGAACGUUUACUCUGGUACCUAUGCUCUCAUUGGAGCUGCUGCAUUCCUCGGAGGCGUGGUCAGGAUGACCAUCAGUCUGACUGUCAUCCUUAUCGAAUCCACAAAUGAAAUCACAUAUGGACUGCCUAUCAUGAUCACUCUGAUGGUUGCAAAGUGGACUGGAGAUUUCUUCAACAAGGGGAUCUAUGACAUCCACAUCCAGCUGAGAGGGGUUCCACUGCUGGAGUGGGAGACUGAGCUUGAGAUGGACAAGCUGACUGCCAGUGAUAUCAUGGAGCCCAACUUGACCUAUGUGUACCCCCACACUCGUGUCCAGUCUCUAGUCAGCAUUCUACGUACCACAGUGUAUCACUCCUUCCCUGUGGUCACUGAAAACCGACAGAACGAAAGGGACUUCAUGAAGGGCAACAUCCUGGUCAGCAACAACAUCCGCUUCAAGAAAUCCAGCGUUGUGUCCCGUGCGGGGGAGCAGCGACGGCGCUGCCAGUCCAUGAAGUCAUACCCAUCCAGCGAGCUGCGGAAUGUUUGUGAUGAGCAGAACGCCAUUGUGGAGCCUGCUGAGGAGGGAGAAGACCUGCUGCAGCAGAUGUUAGAGAGGAGGCAUGCUCCCUACCCCAACCUGUAUCCAGAUCAGUCUCCCAGUGAGGAGUGGACCAUGGAGGAGCGCUUCAGACCACUCACCUUCCACGGCCUUAUCCUGCGCUCUCAGCUGGUCAACCUGCUCAUCAGAGGAGUUUGUUAUGCUGAGAACCAAUCGAGUGCCACUCAACCCAGAUUGUCCUAUGCAGAGAUGACUGAAGAUUAUCCACGUUACCCUGACAUCCAUGACUUGGACCUCACCUUGCUCAACCCCCGCAUGAUAGUGGAUGUUACUCCUUACAUGAACCCGUGUCCCUACACAGUGUCACCCAACACCCGCAUCUCCCAGGUGUUUAACUUGUUCAGGACUAUGGGCCUGCGACACCUACCAGUGGUCAACGCUGUUGGAGAAAUUGUUGGAAUAAUCACAAGACAUAAUUUAACCCACGAAUUCCUUGUGGCCAAACUGCGACAGCACUACAUCACCAUUUGAUUCCAUCUCCUGCCCUCGUUCAGACCUGAACUCUGUUCUGCCUGAUCCUGAUCCUGAUCCUGAUCCUGAUCCUGAGCCUUUUCCUCUGCCCAUUCCUAAUAGAAAAUAGGCAUUCCCAAACAAUACAAUGUAUGCACAACCAUAUAUUCUCUGUGGUACAUUUGGGAAAACAGUUCUCCAGAAAGGGAAAUCUCUCAGUUGUAUUUCACUGGAGUGUCAAAUGUCAGUGUUAAGGAACUGUCAGCCUCUGAUGAUCCACUGACUGCAAUGGUUGUCUGGACUGUGGACACAUAAUGUGUUAAAAGGACCUAAACUACCAGGGUUGUCUGUAUAAAUAACGUUGAAAAAAGUUUUUUUCUAAAUUUGAUAUGGAUCCAUAUCGGAUAAUUCAUGAAUACUUUGACAGAAAUCAAACUGUGAGCAACACGGCUGAUGGGUUGCUUUAACACAAGAAAGCAUUAUGAUUUUAUAGUAUUAAGCCAAAGCAGACUUGUCUGGUCCUUCAGGAAACAUUCAAAAAUAUCUUAAAAGUUGGAAAUAUCUACAAAAGUUAGAAAAUGUUUGUUAAGAAAGUCUUUAAGUCUCAGAAAGUGUCUGUCUCAUAUACGAGUUGGCAUCGGCCUGUCUUUGCAAGCAGCAAAGUUUCAGAAUUGACUAAUGAAUGUCACACUGAAGCAACAUCAAUAACUGUAACUGGACAUUAUGAGUAUUAUUGUAACUUGUUAGAACACCAUUUCAACCACACUUUGUUGACAAAUCAGAGCUAUGUAGGCAGUAUUCAGAACGGAGAAGUAUUCAUCCUACAUAGCUAUCUACCUAGCUACAGUCAUGAAAAAUAUCGACACAUUGGCAAUAUACAGAAAUAAAUUCAUCUUCAAGGGAAACAUUGCUAAUUUUCAACCAGCCUUUUAUUUUUACAAUAUGAGUAGUAUAAACAAAUGACCAGUGGUUAACUUCCCUCCAUAUUGCCUGCACCCAGAGCUCCCUACUCAUUUGCUGGAAUUUGGAGAUCUGGCUUAGACUACAAACUACGUUUCUGCAUUUUCUGUAGUGGUGCCUUUAAGGACUGUCAAAGGCGGGUCUCCCAAAACACUUAACGUCUGUGAUUGUUAAAAGCAGACACACAGAAUAUCAUACUGCUGAAUACUUAGAAAUAUCACCAUAUUUGGAAGAAAACUAGUUUCAUUAUAUGAGGCUGAAUAUUGCCCUGUGAAAACAGAUAAUGAUGUGGAGGAGUAAGCUACCACUACUGGAACUAUGUUAGAGCGGCAGGUGAAAUACAGGCACUGCAGCAGGAUAGUUUUGCAGCAGACUGAAAACUCUGCACCAGAAUAUUAUAUCGGACCUAAAAUCUGAAUACAGAAAAGCGAAUAGCUAUUGUUGUAGGAGCGAUAACUUAAGUCAGGCUGCAUCCAGCUUGAGCUUAAUCCAGGGACCUGCUCCUGGCCUUCAACAAUAGAUAAAGGAAACAGUGUUUGGUUGCAGUUUUUCAUCCCUUCAUCAAUUCCAACAUCCCAAUACAAGCUCAAAUGCAGAGGUGGGAAGUAACAAAGUAUUUGUACUUCAUUACUGUACUUAAGUAGAUUCUUAAGUAGAAAUCAUUUUUCCUUUAAAUCAACAUAUUUCUUCAAUCAUUAUGAGUAACAUCAGCUGCCUCUAGCAGAAGCCACUGCAGUAUAGUGUGUAUGGAUUAUACAUCAGUUCAAAUUUGUUUCAAACUUGAUUUGUGUGAUAAAGUGACAGCUUCAGUGACUUGUUGAUAGUGUUGCUCACAGUUUGAUUUGGUUAGACUUGGUGUAGAUUCUGGGUACGAAAAGCUUCCAAAGUGAACAAUCACUUUUAAAGGUUUCCUUACUACAUUCACGACAACAUAUUUUAACCUUUUGAUUAUGCUUUAUCAUGUUUGUCACUGUAGCACUUUUUUUGUUUUGUUUGUUUGUUGUUGUGGUUUUUAAAAAAAAGCAUUUUCUGAUUAUUUGAAUUGACUGUGUGUAACUGGAAGAUAGGCACUAAAAACAGGUCAGCAUCCAUUCACAACCUGCCUCUAAAAUACACCUCACUAACUCUUGGAGGAGUUUGUUGGUUCAAACCACUUCAGCAGUCUGUAAAUACUUCAGAAUUGUUUUGCACUUAUGAUGUUAAUUUAUGUUUUCACUAUCAUUCAGUCAAUUCAGUGUUAGAAUUGAUCAGGACCAAGGGGACUUGGGUUAUGUUGGUUGUGUUAUUAAGUAGGGAUUUGAAAGGCAACAGCAAAUAUCUUAAUUUCAGUAAAAAUCAAUGUUAUUGUUCUGCUAUUCAUUUUUCAGCAAAAUUGUAUGUUUCUGGUCAAUAGUACAAUUACAUCAUUUCAUUUUCAUUCCUAAAACAAAAUGAGCAAAGGGAAGUAAAAGGAAGUAGAAUUGUACUUUUUGGAGUCCACUGUAUAUCAGAGUAAUGAAUUAUGAGCAACCAUGAUGGCACAUAUAUGUACAUCAAACAUUCCUUAUUGUAUGUUGCUUCUGCUUUAUGUUUUAUUUAAGAGAUUAUUUUUUUAUACAAUUUUAUUUUUAUGAUUUGCUGCCUGUACUGAGAUAGUUUGUCAUUUCUAAAUGGAGCAGGGCCCUCCUGGAUAAUAUGAUUGUUUAUUGUGUAGGCAUUGCUCACUUCUUAUUUUAAGAGAAUUCUUUUAUGUUAUCUAUUGUAAUACUACACAUGGUAUAGUAGGUGUCAUGCAGAGAUGAAUAGAAGCAGUAGGUAGUACGUCCUACUGUGAACAACACCUGAGGGACUGUUUGCCAAAGACUUUGCUUAACAUCUUUUGUCAUAUAUGCAGGUUUAAACAGCACCUCUCUGCUUGUUUAGUCAUUUAUAGUUUCUACCAAGGUAGAUAACUGGCACAAGACAACAAAGCUGCAGCCAUGGAACAAAAAAGCAGAGAGACCUAUGUCUUGUGCCUUUAUAAUUGUUCAAAUAAAGGUCAUUCUGUUA